UUUGGUAGGCUUGCUGCGGCUGGACCCAGGCCAGGGUUGCAGGUUACUGAGGGCGUUAUUUAUGCCACAAUAACGAUGGAAGAUGGUGAAGCCAUUAGUAGCUCCUAUGAAUCUUAUGAUGAAGAAGAGAGCAGCAAAGGCAAGUCAGCAACCCAUCAGUGGCCAUCCACAGAGGCCACCAUUGAGCUGAUGAAGGAUGCUCGCAUCUGUGCAUUCCUGUGGAGAAAGAAGUGGCUGGGACAGUGGGCAAAACAGCUGUGUGUUAUCAAGGAUACCAGGUUGCUGUGCUACAAGAGCUCCAAAGAUCACAGCCCUCAGCUCGAUGUGAAUCUGCUGGGUUGCACUGUGAUUCACAAGGAAAAGCAAGUGAGGAAGAAAGAGCACAAGCUGAAGAUCAUCCCCAUGAAUGCCGAUGUCAUCGUGCUGGGGCUGCAGAGUAAAGACCAGGCAGAGCAGUGGCUCAGGGUAAUCCAGGAGACCAGUGGUCUGCUAUGUGAAGGAGGCAGUGAAGGCAACCAGUACAUCCCAGAUUCACAGCGUCUCAGUUACACAAAGGUGGAGGUGCCCGAGAGGUACUCAGCAGCCUCCGAGAGCGGGAGCAGCACGGAUGGCCACCCAGAGACAGCUGAGAUAAAAGAUGUUAAGAAGAAGGGCACAACUGGCCUGAAACUGAGCAACCUGAUGAACCUCGGGAGGAAAAAAUCCAGCUCCCUGGAUAGCCCAGAGAGAUCCCUGGAGACUUCCAGUUACCUCAAUGUGUUAGUGAACAGCCAGUGGAAGUCCCGCUGGUGUCAGAUAAAAGAUGGCCACCUCCAUUUCUACCAGGACAAGAACCGAAGCAAACUGGCUCAGCAACCCCUGAGUUUGGCAGGUUGUGAAGUUAUCCCAGAGCCAAGCCCUGAUCAUCUCUACUCCUUCCGCAUCCUGCACAAUGGGGAAGAACGAGUUAUUCUGGAGGCGAAGUCCUCGGAGGAAAUGGGCCACUGGCUGGGCCUCCUCUUGUCGGAGUCAGGUUCGAAAACAGACCCGGAGGAAUUUACCUACGAUUACGUGGAUGCUGACCGGGUUUCCUGCAUUGUCAGCGCUGCGAAGAACUCCUUCUUCUUAAUGCAGAGGAAGUACUCCGAGCCCAACGCCUAUAUCGACAACCUGCCAAAGGGCAGGAUGCAGCAGGAGGAGCUGUAUGACGACGUGGAUCUGCCAGACCUGCCUGCGGAAGAAAUACCCAAGAGUGAGAGCAAAUUGGAGGGAGACCAAGACAGAGUGUACCUGGAUCUUACUCCGGUGAAGUCCUUCCUACACUGUGCCGGCAAGAAGUCAUGCCAACCUUCACCCCUCGGCUCACCGUCUUUAGAAAGGGCUGCCAACAAGGCUGCAGCAGAGAGCACAGCUGAGACAGCCCUCCUGGCUAAGGAAGCCGAGCUCUGUAGUAAGGUGGAGGAGACCUCAGAGCAGAAACACUCAGAGAAACCGGAGCCUGAUGAGGCACCCCCACAGAUGCCUGCCAUCAAAAUCCAGACGCAGCAGCAGAACAUCGCCUUCCCCCAGAUGGCCCUGGAGCUGCCGGCAGGCACGAUGACAGCAGGCAGUCCCCAGCUAGCACCCACACACCGGCCCAAGAUGCCACUGCCAGCAGUGGAAACCAAGCUGGGCAAGAACAGGACCGAGGCAGAGGUGAAGCGGUUCACAGAGGAGAAGGAGCGGCUGGAAAAGGAGAAGGACGAAAUCCGGGCUCAGCUCACCCAGCUGCGCAAGGAGAGGCGGGAGCUGAAGGAAAUGCUCGCAGGCAGCACAGACAAGAGCCUGGAGCAGAGGCUGAAGGAGAUAGAAGAAGAGUGCAAAAGGAAGGAGAGCCGGAGGGUGGACCUGGAGCUGAGCCUGGUGGAGGUGAAGGAGAACCUGAAGAAGGCAGAGUCCGGCCCCGUGACGCUGGGUACCGCGGUGGACACCACACACCUGGAGAACGCAGCCCCCCGGAUUCAGGCAAAAAGUGCCAGUCCAGCAAAUAGUGCAGAGAACUCACCAGUUAACUCAGCAACGGCUUUAAAAAACCGGCCUUUAUCCGUCAUGGUGACAGGGAAGGGAACAGUCCUACAGAAAGCUAAGGAAUGGGAGAAGAAGGGAGCUAGUUAGAACCAUGUUUUCCGGAGAUGGACUAAAGACUGGAAUUGCCCAUGCAUGGCUAAGGGGAUUCAAUCAUCUGUAGGUGGAAGUUGGGUGUGCAACACAACCGCACACCAAGCGCCUCCUCCACGUUGCGCCAACUGCUCAGACGCAGCAAUGGAAUCAACAGCUGCCAAUACGAAUUAUCCCAAAUGAUCUUGCUCUUUCCAGACAAGUCCCAAUCACAUAGCUAAAACAAUAACAACCAGUGGCAAUCCUUGCAUCAAAUUCCUAACCCAGUUGAUGUAAACAAGAAUGUUACUGUACAUAGGGGUGUUUUGUGUAUUUCUACUCUGAAGGUUUAUUAAUGAGUUAUUAAGGUUUCUAUAUUAGUGACAGUAGUGGGUUCAGCAAGGGCCUCCACUAUUCUUUAUAACCCAGUGGUUUUGAACCUGUUGUGGCAAACUGCAGUUAACUGAAGUCUCACCUGUCUUGCUGCCAGUCAUCACUCAGAUGCAUUUCA